AGAGAAGCUUCAUAAGCAAAACAAGUUGGUCCUUAGCUAACACUAUAUUUAAUGGAAAGUUUAUUAGUCUAAUGGCAUUCAACCCUCUAAAAUACAAAGGAAACGUAGAGCAAGCUUUUGUUUCAAAUGAAGCAAGCAAAUUAACCUCAAAUUCUGAUGCACCAAUUAUUAAUACCAUAGUCAAUGAAUUUCUUCUGAACUUUUCCUGAGAUAAUAUAUUAUAUACUAUCAGAAAAUUGUUAUAGUAAGUUGUAGCUAUCAACUACAGUUCCCCGCUACAAUCUUCAUUUCACCUCCAUGAAUGUUACAAUUUUCUUUUAUUUACUUACCUUGGUCAUAUAGUCUCAAUACCGCCACUCGGCACCCCCAUGCCAUGUCGGCCGUCUGGCCAACUGGGCCUUCCGAUCAAACCCGGUCAGCACUGGAAGAUGAGACUUACAACAUCAUCCCCAUCCAAUACCUCCAUGCCGACCACCCUUUACUACAGUAUCAUGAGGUGCAGGCAGCAAUUGCAGCAUUACGCAUAGCUGACGACCUUCGGAAGCCAGCUAAUGUCCAAUGGCAGCCUUCUAUGGAUCUAUUGGACUGGUUAGCUUUUUUCUUCGGUUUCCAGAAGGACAGUGUUAGAAACCAGAGGGAGCACCUCGUGCUUCAUCUUGCAAAUGCUCAAAUGCGCCUUACUCCACCUCCUGACAACAAUCACUCUCUUGAUUCCACCGUGGUUAGGAAAUUCCGACGCAAAUUACUUAAGAACUACACCGAUUGGUGCUCAUUUCUUAAUAAGAAAUCCAAUAUAUGGAUAUCAGAUGACCAGUCAAACCAUGAUCUCCAGCGGGAAAUCUUGUACAUCGCUCUUUAUCUCUUAAUCUGGGGAGAAUCUGCCAAUCUCCGCUUCAUGCCAGAAUGUAUCUGUUACAUUUUCCACAAUAUGGCUAUGGAAUUGAAUAAGAUAUUGGAAGAUUAUAUUGAUGAGAAUACAGGACAGCCUGCGAUGCCUUCAAAUUCAGGUGAGAAUGCGUUUCUGAACCGUGUUGUUAGGCCUAUUUAUGAGACCAUUAAAGCAGAAGCUGAGAGUAGUAAAAAUGGAACUGCACCACAUAGUGCUUGGAGAAAUUAUGAUGACUUAAAUGAGUACUUCUGGACUAAAAGAUGUUUUGAGGAAUUGAAGUGGCCAAUUGAUGUAGAGUGUAAAUAUUUUGUGGAUCCGAAUAAGCAGAAGAAGCAUGUAGGAAAGACAGGGUUUGUGGAGCAAAGAUCGUUUUGGAACUUGUUUAGGAGUUUUCAUAGGCUAUGGGUCAUGCUGAUACUGGCUUUACAGGCUGCAAUUAUUGUUGCAUGGGAAGAAAGAACAUAUCCAUGGCAGGCGAUGGAAGACAGGAACGUUCAGGUUCUGCUUUUGACAGUAUUCCUUACUUGGAGUGCAUUGCGGUUUUUGGAGUCUUUGCUUGAUACAAUGAUGCAGUAUAGUUUGGUUUCAAGGGAAACUAUUUGGCUUGGGCUUAAAAUGGUGUUAAAAUGUGUAGUUGCCGCUGGAUGGAUGUAUGUACUUGGGAUGUUUUACUGGAGGAUCUGGGCUCAAAAGAACAGUGAUGGACAGUGGUCUGUUGAGACUAAUAGGAGGAUAAUGAAUUUUCUUGAGGUGACUUUAGUGUUUCUGUUACCUGAGUUGUUCUCAUUGGCUCUGUAUAUACUCCCUUUGAUUAGCAAUCUUCUUGAUACUGUGAACUCGAGGAUCUUUUACCUGUUGCCGUGGUGGUUUCAGGAUAGGAGUUUUAUUGGCCAUGGAUUGAGGGAGGGGCUGGUUGCUAAUGCGAAAUAUACUUUAUUUUGGGCUGUGGUUUUAGCUACCAAAUUUUCUUUCAGUUAUUUUCUGCAAAUUAAACCCAUGAUUCAGCCAACGAAACAGUUGUUGUACCUUAAAGAUGUGAAUUAUGAAUGGCAUGAGUUCUUCGAAAACAGAAACUGGAUUGCAGUAAUAGUAUUGUGGAUUCCUGUGGUACUGAUUUACCUGAUGGAUUUGCAGGUUUGGUAUUCAAUUUUUUCCUCUUAUGUGGGUGCGUUAGUGGGGUUGUUAGCACAUUUGGGGGAAAUUCGAAACAUCAAACAAUUAAAGUUGAGAUUUCAGCUUUUUGCAAGUGCAACUCGGUUUAAUCUCAUGCCGGAAGAGCAGCUACCAAAUGCAAAGGGGACUUUGAAGAGCAAGUUCAAAGAUGCCAUUCAUCGGUUUAAGUUGAGGUGUGAGAUCGGGCGACCUUAUAAGAAGCUGGAGCCAAACCAGGUUGAGACAGACAAGUUUGCUUUAAUUUGGAAUGAAGUCAUAAUCGCUUUCCGGGAAGAGGAUAUCAUUUCUGAUAUGGAGCUUGAAUUAUUGAAACUGCCACAAAAUUCUUGGAAUGUAAGAGUUAUCCGUUGGCCAUGUUUUCUCCUCUGCAAUGAGCUGAUACAUGCUCUUACCCUGGGCAAAGAGUUGGUAGAUGCUCCUGACAGUUGGCUCUGGUACAAAAUAUGCAAGAAUGAGUUUAGGCGCUGUGCAGUUAUAGAAGCUUACGACAGCAUCAAGCACUUGCUUCUUGAUAUCAUCAAGCGCAACACAGAAGAACAUUCAAUUAUCACAGCCGUGUUUCAGGAAAUUGAUCGCUCGCUGCAGAUUGCGAAGUUUACUGGGACUUUCAACAUGAUUGCUCUACCUCAUUUACAUACAAAGAUGAUUGAACUUCUUGAGUUGUUGAAUAAACCUGAGAAAGAUGCCAAUCAGGUUGUGAAUACUCUACAGGCUUUGUAUGAAAUUACCGUGCGAGAUUUCUUUAAAUGGCAGAGGAGUAUAGAACAAUUGAGAGAGGAUGGUUUGGCUCCUGCUACCAUGGCUGGACUGCUUUUCUCUAGUGCAAUUGAAUUGCCUGAUGCCAGUAACGAAACCUUCAACAGCCAAAUACGGCGUUUGCACACAAUUGUUAGCACUAGAGAUUCAAUGCACAACAUUCCCAAAAAUGUUGAGGCUAAGCGUAGACUCGCUUUCUUCAGCAAUUCCCUACUUAUGAACAUGCCCCGUGCUCCCAAAGUUGAGAAAAUGAUGGCUUUCAGUGUCCUGACACCUUACAACGAUGAAGAAGUGUUGUACAGUAGACAUCAACUGUGGACUGAGAAUGAAGAUGGGAUCUCCAUGUUAUACUAUUUGCAAACAAUUUAUGAUGAUGAGUGGAAGAACUUUAUGGAAAGGAUGCGCAGAGAAGGGAUGGUGAAUGAUAAGGAACUAUUGACAAGCAAGCUGAUGGAUCUUCAGCUCUGGGCAUCUUACAGAGGCCAGACGUUGGCCCGUACAGUAAGAGGAAUGAUGUAUUAUUAUCGUGCUCUUAAGAUGCUGGCUUUUCUUGAUUCUGCCUCCGAGACGGACAUCAGAGAAUGCUCACUUGAGUUUGGUUCAACGAGGAGUGAUGCUGAUUUGAAUAGCUUCAAAUCCAAAAGGUCUCCUUUCAAUAGUUUACGCAGAAAUAAUAGUUCAGUGAGUUUGUUGUUUAAAGGCCGUGCGCAGGAUGCUGCUUUGCUCAAAUACACAUUUGUUGUUACCUAUACGAAGUACGGGGGUCGGAAGGCAGAGGAGGAUUCCCAUGCUAAGGAGAUAUCAUAUUUGAUGAAAAAUAAUGAUACACUUCGAGUUGCCUAUGUUGACAAAGUGAUCACGGGAAAUGGUGAGGACGAAUAUUACUCUGUGCUUGUAAAGUAUGAUCAACAGUUGGAGAAGGAAAUUGAAAUCUACAGGAUCAAGUUGCCAGGCCCCUUUAAGCACGGGGAGGGAAAACCUGAGAAUCAAAAUCAUGCUAUUAUCUUUACUCGUGGUGAUGCAUUGCAGACUAUUGAUAUGAACCAGGACAGCUAUUUCGAAGAGGCACUCAAAAUGAGAAAUCUCUUAGAAGAAUACAGGCAAAAGAAUUCAAUUAGGAACCCAUCUAUUUUGGGAGUCAGGGAACACAUUUUUACUGGCCCUGUCUCAACCCUGGCAUGGUUUAUGUCUGCUCAAGAAACAAGUUUUGUCACAUUGGGACAACGUGUUAUGGCAAACCCUUUGAGAGUUCGAAUGCAUUAUGGCCAUCCAGAUGUCUUUGACAGGUUUUGGUUCUUGACUCGUGGUGGCAUCAGUAAAGCUUCCAAGGUGCUUAACAUUAAUGAAGACAUUUUUGCUGGCUUUAACUGCAUUUUGCGAGGAGGCAAUGUUACGCACAUUGAAUAUAUUCAAGUUGGGAAAGGAAGGGAUCUUGGAUUCAACCAACUUUCGAAGUUUGAAGCUAAAAUUGCUGGUGGAAAUGGCGAGCAAGUUCUUAGCAGAGAUGUCUACAGGUUGGGCCAUAGGCUGGACUUUUUCCGUAUGCUAUCAUUCUUUCAUUCUUCUGUAGGAUUCUAUUUCAACUCAAUGCUGGUAAUUCUGACAGUAUAUGUAUUUUUAUGGGGCCGGCUCUAUUUCGCUCUGAGUGGUGUUGAGGCUUCUGCUCAGGCCAAUAGCAUUGGUGACAGAAAAGCAGUAGAUGCUAUUUUGUUUCAGCAAUUCAUCAUCCAACUUGGCCUUUUCACUCUCCUUCCUUUUGUGGUAGAGAGUAUUCUUGAGCAUGGCUUCCUUCAUUCUUUAUGGGAAUUCUUGAUAAUGCUAUUUCAGCUUUCACCAAUUUACUACACAUUCUCCUUGGGAACUAAAAUUCAUUUUUUUGGUCGAAUUAUACUUCAUGGUGGCGCCAGGUAUCGGUCUACUGGGCGCGGUUUCGAUGUGCAGCACACGAAUUUUGCAACCAAUUAUAGACUUUAUGCUCGUAGCCAUUUUGUGAAGGCGAUUGAGCUUGGGCUAAUACUUACAGUUUAUAUCUUGCACACCACUACAGCUAAGGAUACAUUUUUUUACAUAGACUUGACUAUCUCUAGUUGGUUGCUGGUUUUUUCAUGGAUAAUGGCUCCAUUUCUUUUCAACCCAUCAGGCUUUGACUGGUUGAAAACAGUACAGGACUUCGAUGAUUUCAUGAAUUGGAUUUGGUACGAAGGUAGUGUGUUUACAAAAGCUGACCAGAGCUGGGAAAGAUGGUGGUACGAGGAGCAAGAUCAUUUUCGGACAACAGGUUUUUGGGGAAAAUUAGUUGAGAUAGUUCUGAACCUCCGAUUCUUCUUUCUCCAAUACGGUAUUGUCUACCAUCUAAGCACUGCUAAUGGGAGUACCAGCAUUGCUGUUUACUUGCUUUCUUGGAUUUAUGUUGUUGUUGCUUUUGGGAUUUUUUGGGUUAUAACAUAUGCUAAGGCCAAAAAUGCAGCAACGGAACACAUAUCAUAUCAUUCUGUCCAGUUUCUUGUCAUUGUUUUUGGAGUGUCAGUAACAGUAGCACUGCUUCACUUCACAUCUUUCAGAUUUAUGGAUAUUUUCACUAGUUUGUUGGCUUUUGUCCCAACUGGAUGGGGAAUUUUAUCGGUUGCACAAGUACUCCGCAGCUUUCUGCAGUCCACUCCAGUUUGGGAGUCGGUGGUUUCUUUGGCAUGGUUAUAUGAUUUCAUGUUUGGAGUGAUAGUCAUGGCUCCAGUGGCAUUUCUUUCAUGGAUGCCUGGGUUCCAGGUCAUGCAGACAAGGAUUCUUUUCAAUGGAGCAUUCUGUAGGGGCCUCAGGAUCUUUCAGAUUAUAUCAGGAAAGAAAUUUUUUACAAUUGGGUUUUGAAGUGCAACGCUCAAGUUUUGCAAAGAACUAUGGACCUUUAUUCUCCUAGCCAAUUUAAGAAGGCAAUUGAGUUGGGUGUGAUACUUAUAAUAUAUCCCUGACACGCCAUUAUAGCUAGGAAAGCUUCUUUUUAAUGUGAAUGCAAAAGCUGAACAAAGCUGGGAAAGAUGGUGAUACGAGGAGCAAGAUCAUAUGAGGACAAUUGGGUAUUGGGGAAAACUACUUGAGAUAACCCUUCGUUUCUGCUGUUUCCAAUAUGGAAUUGUCUAUCAUUUAGGCUUUGCUGAUAGGAGUAGCAGAACUGCUGUUUGUCGUGGAUACAUAUUGUUGUUGCUUUGUUAUUAUCAUAAUUUGUUUCUUAUGCUCUGCAUAUUAUCUAAAUAAGCUAAUUACCUGGUUGUUCAAAAACAUCUUUUACAUUGUCAACUGAUAUUUUUACGGAUUCUUAUGCUGAUUCACUGCAUAGGUUCUUCCAAUGGACCCAAAAGAAAAGGUUUUGUCCUCUAAGCAAGGACUUAAAGGGUAAUAUUCAAUGAAGAGGAAUUUAUAAACACCCUCUGGCACCUGCACUUACAUUUCUUAUUUUUUUAAUAAUAUAUACAUUUUCA